GGCUACUUUAAUGUUUAAGGUCGAGUGCCGGGAAAACUAAAAGAGCUCGAAGUUCUCUAUUCCAAAUGUCCAUGAACUUCGGAUAGUACAUUUGACAAUUAGUGAUGGCGGACAAAUGUUGAUCCUAUAGAAAGCAAUAAUCUGAGCAUGGAUAGUUCGACUUUAUACCAAAAGUUGUCAAGAUAUCUACCUUAUUCUAAAUGCAGAAAUGAAGGUUGCAAAUGUAGUACAUGGAAGCUCUCAGACAAUGCGAUAGAUGAAAAACUUGUUGAAGCUAUAUGUGAAAAUUGCUGUCAUGUUCAUUAUAACUUGUCUGAUCCAAACGAGAGCACGUGGCUUAAUAGUGCAAUGCAAAUGGUCGACGAUGUGGAACGAAUGUAUAUUUUAUGUACCAAGGAAGAAGAUUAUGAAACAAGAAAUAUAUAUUUCUGUAUCUUAAAGCGCCUUCGCAAGGCGUUAAUGAAUAAAGUACAACCCGUUUUUGAUGACAAACCUCCUUUCGAGCGACCUGAUAUCAAUACAGCUGUACGAAACGCGUUAUUAUUCUGUGCUGUCACUGAUCCUCAAAAUCCAGAAAUAACAAUUGAACUGUGUAAAUUAUUCCUAGCAUAUGUGAAUUCAUAUAAGAUCACAUAUCCAAGUCAAAGGAUUCAGAAGUAUGAAAAUAAAACAGGAUACAAAUUAAUAUAUAUGAGGUGGAUAUGUCACUGUUAUGUGCCAAAGUUCUGUAAUGCCUUACCAUUUACUGAGGCUACAUGUGCAUUUGGAAAGAAUUUCUUGUUAGCCGUUUUGCCUGAAAUUAAAAAAAGACUAAUCGAAUUUUUCAAACAAGAUUCUAUAAUCCCGUCCAUGCUAGAUGCAAAGAUACAUUUAAUACAACCUUUAACACGACUGUGUAAUUUGCUGGAAGAUAAUGUUGAGGACAAAACAACUUCCGUCUGGGAUCCGUAUUUCCAACCACCAUUGCGUCCCGACAAUGUAAUUACACCAAGCGGAUUAUUACAGUCGAUUUCUAUUGACCACGUGGUCGAUUUCUCUACACAUCAACGUAAUAUAAUCAUCAGUAGUUCAAGUGAACUGAAAAGUGAUUCAAUUGUUACACCAGCUCUCACUGAUCUAAAAGCAGAGAAACUGUUUAGUAAUCCAGAUUUGGUGAAUGGUGAUAAGGAUAUGGUAGUUAAUACACCUAUUAAGUCUGAACCUGAAGAGUCACUUACAAAACCUGCCAAAGUAACUGAUCAUACAACGCACCGAAGAACAAGCGUACGUCUUCGAAGUCAAUUAUCGAUUAAUACACAAUCCUCUGUGAGUGAUUCAGAAAAGUCGAACUGUAAAUCAGAAGACAAAACUGUGGUCACCGAUAGCAAUACUAAACAGUCAUUGAAUGAUAAGUUAAAUAUUUCAGAUGUUAGUAGUACAGAAUUAGAACAAGUUCUACAAGAAAUGAAAAACAGUGAAAGCCCUUGUAAAGGAUUUUAUCCUUUUCAAACGCUUCAUUCGUUAAACGCAACAAGAGAUGCCGCUGCACGUCAAGAAGAAUCAGCUGGGAAUAUUGAAUUUCAUAUAGUUAAUAAUAGUUUAAAUCCUAAUCAACCUCCACAAACAUAUAUUUGGCUUUUGGAGUUAUUAAAUGUAUUUGCUUUGCAAUUACCUCGUAUGCCAAAGGAAUACAUUGCACGACUUAUUUUUGACCCAAAACACAAAAAUCUCAUUUUGUUAAAAGUUUCGGAUUCAUGUGAAAAACAUGCUAUCGGCGGGAUCUGCUUUCGUAUGUUUCCAUCUCAGGGAUUUACGGAAAUAGUGUUUUGUGCAGUAAUUUUUAAUGAACAAGUAAAAGGUUAUGGAACACAAAUGAUGAAUCAUUUAAAAGAUUAUCAUUUACAGCAUAAAAUAUUUCAUUUUCUUACAUAUGCUGAUUCAUUUGCCACUGGUUAUUUUAGAAAGCAAGGAUUUUCACGUGAAAUACGCUUAGCUCGACAAGCUUAUUUAGGUUAUAUUAAAGAGUAUGAAGGUGCCACAUUAAUGGGUUGUGAAUUAUAUCCAAAUAUUAUUUAUACUAGAUUUUCUGAAUUGAUUGCAAAACAAAAACAGGUUAUUACCCGGUUGAUAGAAAAACGUCGUGAGUCUGUUAAUCAAACCUACCCAGGAAUACCUGCCAAACUAUUUCGUAAUGGACCUUUAAGACCAGAUCAAAUCCCCGGUCUAACUGAGAUAGAUCUAACUUCAAACAAAUUUUCUGAUUUAUUUCAUAAAAUUCCAGAAUUAUCCGAAACCAAUCAAACUUCCAUAAAUAAUCAUGUUUCAGUAAAGCGAAAAUCGUCAGAAACGUUUGGUAAAUGUGUUGAGAAAUUACACGAGCCUCCGAGAAAACUACGCAAACGUUUACUCGAUCCUUUGCCAAGUCCCAGUCCGUUGACUACAAAGCCACAGAUGAAAGCAAGAAUCAGUUCAAGGUCAACGCGUUAUAAUAGCUCAGUAAAAAUGUAAAUUUAGUUUGCUGACUUAUAGGAAUUACAAACAAUUACAACGUUUCGUUUUUUAAUUUAAAUUAUUAAAACCAUUUUAUCGUCUCGGUAUAUAAAAUGGCUAUAUUUACUGAUAUAUUAGAAUUUCAUGUAUUUAGAUGAUUUUUAUCGUUAAUUAAUACUCAUUUAAAAUGUCUAAUGCACGACCAUAUAAGUAAAAGUUCCACAAAAUUCCCAAUGUAAAAAUGUCUUUUCCAAGUAAUAAGCAUGUUCAAUCUCAGUAAAAAUUCUUGUCAUCUCAAAAUACUUUCGUCAAAUAAUUAUUUGCCAAGAUUAUUACAGACAAGAGUGGUGAUUACAUAUUUGCUCACUAUAAUAAUUAAAUUACUAAAAUUGUUAAGAUAUCAUUUAAUCUUCAGAUUGCUCGGUAGAAAAAACUUGAAAGGUUAAGUUUAUCUUUUGGUGAUUUACGCUGUCAUAUUUCUUUUUAGUGUAGAAAAAUAAGAUCAACAAAAUAAAUAGUAAAAAAGUGAGAAUCAUAAGGCCAGAACUAAUGGAGAAUCCCAAUAAAAAAGAUGACAGAAGAAAGGAUUAUAAACAUGGAAUAAGGUAAUGUCUCAGACUAAAACGAGAACAAAAAAUAGAUACAACUGUUCACAUUACUGUAGUACUUAGUCUUAAAAUAAGUACUAUCGAUAAAGAAAAUAUUGAUUACAAGAGUUUUUUUACCCUUGAUCUGGAUCAUCAUCACAGUUAAGUUUACAAAUCGUCUUUACAGUUUUUAUGUGUUUUCUAUUAAAUUGGUUGUUUAUCGAAUCACCGUAGAAAUAUGAUCUAGUAGUUUUAAAAUACGAUUUCCAAAAUGUGUUUAUUUUUAAAAUCAUUCUCUAUAUGCAUCUCUUCAAUCAUACAAUAUUUUUAGUUUUUCAGCCAUUGAUACAACUGAACUCUCGUUACUUAAGCUUCUGCUAGAGAUAACUAAGUGGGAUUAGCUUGAUAUUAUUGUCGGUUAGCUGAUUGUUCAGUCUUGCAACAGUUGUGAUUCAGAAUGAGUGAAUUUCAAAUCACUACUUGACACUAUAACGGUUGUAUAGACGUUAAGAAAAACCAGUUACUCAAGAUACCUCAUUUUUCAUGAACAUGGAUGUUUUCCACUUGUUUAUGAUAAAAAUCAAAGUCAGCUUCUACAUAAGAAAAACGUUAAUGAUAUUUGGAACGACAGUAAAAGUCCCACAAAUAAGGGAUCUAGCUCAGAGAACCCAAUAACACUAAAAUAAUCCAAGAAAUCUCAUCAAGUUUAAAUGGUUUUUUAAAAAUCUUAGCCAAUCUUUUAUUUAGUGGUUUAAUAGUUCAGUUAUAUAUUAUCCUCUCCUAGUCAGCCUUCAAUUUUUCCUUCAAGAAAAGAAUGUUAACUUUUUGAAUUACAUUUAAACCACACUUAUUUUUGGUUAACCAGUUAUUAAUUAUAAUUUAUUUAGAUCAGAUUCAUUGGAACCUGUUUGGAUACAAGAAGCUAAACAAUUAGCAGAAAAAAUUCGUCCUAUCCUAAACGCAUUACGUAGUCAUAUAUUGGCUGGUCCUUUUCAAAAACCUGUUACAGUAGAUGAAGCUCCAGAUUAUUAUGAUAUUAUUGUUUUUCCAAUAGAUUUAAGCACAAUGUGGGAACGUUUAAAAUCGAAUUAUUACGUUACGAAAUCCUUGUUUAUUGCUGAUAUGAUGCGAAUGUUUCAUAAUUGUCGUACUUAUAAUCAACAAGACUCUUAUCUUUAUAGAAGUGCUAAUACUUUAGAACGUUAUUUCAUCAAUAAAAUGAAAGAGGCGGACUUAUGGCCUUAAAUUAUAUUACAGAAUCAACAAAUUAUGUAACUGAGUUUAGUAAAUUUUGUUUGAAUGUUUCUUCUCUUAUCUGCUUCCUGUUUUUCAGGGUAACACUUCGUACAAGUUUUGUAUUUCAUAAUUUAUUGUAUGACAAGUGUUAUUUUGUGUAAAUAACUUAUAGUCUUAUUAAAUUUCGUAGUUGUUAAUAUUGCUCAAGAACUAUCAAUAAAUAUCUGUACU